UAAGCAAAAAAGUUAACCAAGAUAAAGCAGAGUCAUAUAUAUGGCUGCAGUGUGAAAAUGAAAAAUGCAUGAAGUGGAGAAAAGUUAAAAGAUGUCUGUCAUACAAUUAUGAAAAUUUGGUAUGGUUCUGUAAUAUGAAUUUAGAUGUUAAUUACAAUGAUUGUUGUAAACCUCAAGAGAAAAUUUCAGUUCCACGAGGAGAGACAAUAAUUUGUAGUGAAUUAUCUAUUGGAGAACUUGUAUGGGCCAAAAUGCCUGGUUAUCCACGUUGGCCUGCUGUAAUUACUGCUGAUCCUAUUGAAGAAAAUGGAGCUCAUAUUGAUCUUUAUAAAGAUGGAACAGGUGAUCCACAUUAUUACCAUGUUGAGUUUUUAGGAAAACCUCGCUCUCAUGCUUGGAUCUUAGCUCGCUGCAUUGAAAAGUAUAGCAUUGCUUCUACUGAUUUGUUUUUUGAUGCUAAAAUAAAAGAUAGUAAAAAGAUAAAAGAUCGUCUUCAAUAUGCCAAUCAAGAAGCAUCACUUAUGCUUACUCUGUCACCAAAAAAAAGGUUGCAAUCAAUGGUGUUCAAAUAUAAAUCUUCACAUAAAAAAAAGUCUAUGGUUACCCAAAAAGGUUCUAAAAGUAUGAAGAAAGCCAGAAACUCAGUUACUGAAGGAAAAAAUCAAUGUGAUUCUAAUACCAAUCCUUGCAAUAUAUUUUCUAAUGACUGCGAGAUUAGUGAGGCUACUGAAUUUUGUAGAGACAAAAAAGCUACUCAGUUUAACUCUAUAGAAAAAUUUAAACAUGUUAAACAAAAAAAACAUCAAAGUCAAUCGCAAAGUGAUGUUGUUUCUGACACAAUAUUCAUCAGUCUGAAUGGAAGAGUUUUUCCAUUAAUAGUAGACACUAAUAAACAGUUAUCCCAACUCAGUUCAUUUGUGGAGAAUACUGAAACCAGUUCAUUUGUUGAGAAUUAUGGAAGUAAUAAUGCAACUAACAGUGUAUCGAGUCCUGUAAAAUAUUCAGCAAAGAAAAAAUCAAAUAAGGAAGAAAAAAAAUUAAAAAGCAAAAAAGCAGAUGACAGCAAAAAAACUGGUAGCCUAUCUGAUGACCUUGCAAUGAUAUCAGCUAAGAAAGCUACAAGAAUACAAGCAACUCUACAUGAAAAGCAUCCAUAUAAUGAUGAGGAAACCUUUUGGCGAACAUACAAGCAUUUUAUUUCUGAUAAGAAAAAAACUAAAAUUUCAACCAAUGUUACAUGGUACAAUCAUUCAGUUAGUCUAUUCAAGCUAUAUCAGAGGGUCCAUCGGAUAGGAGGUUAUAAAAAGGCAACUAGUCAUUGGAAGAUUUGGAGAAAUAUUUGUUGGAGUCUUUUAGACACCAAACUAGACAGCAAGUUCUUGACUAUUAGAAAAGCUUAUAGAAAACUUUUGCUGCCAUUUGAAAAGUACCAAAAAGUUUCAUUUAAAAAAAUUUUCACCAAAAAAAAUAUCAAAGAACUUCUAGUUACACAUGACACAUGUACCACAUUGACAGGUGACAACGCAAUGGUUGAUAGUUUGUCGCAACAUGCUGCAAACAGUAAUUUUUAUUCAAUGUCGUUUAAUGAACCAGCUCUACAAGUUGUUCCUCAUUCCUCUUCAGGAAUCUGCAGUUUGCCAACUUCUAACCCAAACUCCCCUUCAUUGUUAUCUUAUGACUUUUGCUCUGAUCAUGUUAAAAACCUAAGUAUUAAAAUGUCUAAACAAAUUUUGAAUAAUUUGAGUUUCUCAAUAGAAGAUACUUGUGAUCAAAUAAUUUCUGAUAUUACUAUGGAAGAUGUAUUUUAUGAGCUCAAUUGUUUAGAGAAUCAUUUGAAUGAUCUAAAUGUGCUUCAGGACUCAAGCUUAUUUGCAGAGCAAACUGUACCUCAAAAUGACUUUAUCAAAACUAAUGUCUGUUCAAAUGAAGAAAUACUUUCAACAACUUUCAAUGGGUAUGAUCCUAUCAUAGGAAGUCAAAAUGUAGAAGGUUUAAAUGAUGUGAUUUGUGAGUUAAAUGAAAUUGAAGAUACGUUAUUAGAGCUUGCUGCAGAAAUAAUGUCUGGGGAAAACUAUCUUGCUGGUUCUGCUAUUUAACAUUGUCCAUAAAGGAAAAAGAUGAACGUUGCUUCUUCAUAUUGGUUCUACUUUUACGUUUUUCCUGUUUUCUUUUCUUGUAAAUAUUAAUAGCAUAUAUUUAUAAAUAAUCUUUUCAUUAUUAAAAUUUAUUUAUAAAUAUAUUUAUAAAUAAUCUUUUCAUUAUUAAAAUUUAGUAAAUAGUUGCAUUGUUAUUGUAGUUGUAUUGUUUACAUAAAAAAUGUUUUCAACAAAAAUUAUUAAAAAAAAAAAAAUGACCUCAUAA